AGCGACCACACAGCAACCGUAUUUCUCUUUUUCGUUUUAAAAAUGCGACUUAUUUAUUGUACCAGUUCUUUCACCACCCGACCUCCGCGAACAGAUAGUCUAGUAGAUUUUUCACCUUCACACUAGUUUCGGCUCAACAUCUAGGAAAUUCAGUAAAGUGCCACCAGCAUCACAAAUUUCGAAAAUGGACGGCUUCGCGCCGCAGCAGAACGGCCAGGGCGGGGGAGAUGGUAUUUUUUAGAACGUUUUUCAAAUUAGCAUUACAAAUUUCCACCUUAGCAUGAGAAACAAAAUUUGUAAUGCGGACUGACCUUACGAAAAAGAUUUGUAAUGCAAAAAACACGACACACGGUUCUUGCAAAAAUAGACACAUUUUUUUCACCGUCUACGCAGGUAACGCGAAUCCACCAGUUGCCACGGUAUCCUUUGUAAAAGCGUCCCCACCCCAUAAUCAAGAUGUGAAAUCUGCAAGACAAAUCAGCGAGCUUUGAUUGUUGCGCAUGACAGAUUUUGGCUCGCAGCGUAAUCUUCUUUAGCUAGUGCAGCAGCAUCACAGAUCUAGCACAUCAUGCCGAUUCGAGCAUCACAAGCCUCAAACUACCACUACGAAAUGCUUUGCGUGGGUCUUCGCAUGAGAAACAUGUUGAGCAUGCAGAUAUGCAUUACAACACUAGGGUGGGGAUGUUUUCACACAGGAUAUAUGGGCGGCAUGGACGUGAACCAGAUGCGAACCAAAGGCGACCUGCUCGUCCGCAAGGGCGAGGGGUUGCGCGCGGAAAAUCCGGAAAAGGGGCAAAUGCUGGUGCACAAGGGCACCUUGCUCCUGCAGGCCGCCGCGAAAGUAUCGUGAGGAAAAAUUCCCCCUCGCCAUACUUACAAUGGAAAUUUGUGAUGCUGAUUUGUGACCACAAAUCAGCUUUGUCUUGCAUAAGAGGCAAAUGGGAGCCGUGUGGCGCAUUCCACAGCCAACCUGUCAUGCGCGUUUGCCUACUGCAAAGCUGUCUGUCAUGCCUGAGCGCCAGCCUUUUGCAUACCUAACCAGGCUUAGGAAAUGCCUGCAAGCGCUCGCUGCAAUACAGCGCUGAUUUGUGUACACAAAUCCAGCAACAGAAACUUCCGUUUCAAUAUGGGGAGGGGGCUUUCUUCACUUCGAUAGAAGGGCGGGGUUCCUUCUUCCAUGGGAACUACAGGAGGUGCAGCAGCAAACCAACAGCAGCCUAGUCCGAAUGAGAGUACGAGCAAGGGAGGUGCAGGCCUGAAUAACAUGAUGAUGGGAGGACCUCCACAACAGCAAAACCCGAAUCAAAAAGGCGGACUUGCGGCUCUCGGUGGUCCUCCAGGGGGGCACAGUAACUUUGGGAACAUCAAAGGCGGCCAGCAAACCGGUGCCGGGGGAGCUUCGGGGCCCGGCGGCUACGGCCCCGCCAUGGGAGGAGCAGGGAACAAUCCGCAAAACGCAGCGAUGAUGAUGCACGGAAACAAUAAGUCUGGGCCCUACGGGGCCCCCCCCGGCGGAGGCGUUGGUGGUGCUAUGGGAGGGCCAGGAAUGAUGCAGAAGGGCGGCUCCAGCCAGAGCACGCCCUACCACGGACCCCAGCAGGGCGGAAAGAAUUACAGCAUGGACUUUGUUCAUCACAAGGGUGGAGGACCAACGCCGGGCGGUCAGAAUUACCAUGCGGCCCACGCGCAUCAUCAGCACCACUACAACAAUAACCCACAGGUGGGACCUAGCGGGGGCCACCAGCCGGGGCAAAUAACCCACCACGCCGGGAUAUCAAAUGCAAAUAUGUCGGGGUCUGGAAGGAUGCAAGCUUUGGCAUGCUUGUCUGGCAUGACUGAAGGCUUUUGUGAUGCGUGUGGAAGAAGAGACCCUGUUGGCUGUCACGCAAAAACGCAGCGUGUCAUGUAGAAAGCGCAACACUAAGCCGCGAGAAUAUUUCUCAUCAUGCUUGGCCGUGCAUUACAGAGCAUUCUUUGUAGUUCGCGAGCCUGCAUUACAAGUUUCCAGACCCAGACAUUUUUGUAUUUCAUACGGGAAAAACUAUUACAACAACCAACUCGCGCUAAAGGGCGGUUCCUUUUCGGGGCAUGAUAUUGUGAGGAAAAAUGUCCCCACCCCAUAGUGAAGAUGGGAAAUCUGCAACACAAACCCGGAAGUUUUGGGAGUCACGCAUGACAAGUUGCCCUCUGUAUUGUAGUGCAGUUUCGCAAGGACAGCCGCAUCACAAAGCCAGCUCCUCAUCCUAUUUGCAGCAUCACAAAUUCCAAAACACGACUGGAAAUGGCUCGCAUGGGCGACAUGCGCAUUACAAGUCUUCCUGUCUUUGCAAAUCUGCAUUACAACUCUGGGGUGGAGACGUUUUUACUCAGGAUACAUGAGGGCUCCCACUCGCAGUCGGAACACCACCACGGAAGUGGCCAGUUUUUUCACCAUCAAGGGAGUAUGAACUGCAAAAGUAUCGUACUCGUAUAAAUGCAUGACAAAUUCCCUCAGCAUGAGAAAUAAAAUUUGUCAUGCGGAUUUACCUUCAGAAAAAAAUUUGUAAUGCAUAAAUGCAAUUACUACGAGUACGAUACUUUUGCACAGGAUAGGGAGACGGAAAGUGGAAAAGGUACUGUAUGAGAUUUUUUUUUUGUACUAACUCAUUUGUUCUUUCUCAACAUGCAGGCGUGUUUAUUUCAUAGUUCUUGUUCACCUAGGUUGGACUUGUUUCUUAGCAUGAUAACAACACCAGCCGCGACUCCGUAUUGUAGCAACCGUGCCUGGCACCAUUUAAGUGAAAUUCAAAUGUACAUCAGCUGAACCUCCGCGGUUCGUUUCCCGAGCCGGACCUCUGGACGCUGUUGCUCGCCAAUCUAGAUCCGGAGAUGCCCACGGUUUUCCUCCUAAAUCAAGUGCUGAAGAUAUGAGAGUGCACAACCCCUCCGCCUCCCCCUCACUUGUAAUGCGAAAUACCAAAUCCACGCUUUGCCACUUGACACUGUUCUUUGCAUGACAAGUUCUGGCAGCCCAGAUAUUAGCACUACUUUCCUUUGCAGAUCUGUCGUGCAAGUCCUGUAUACUAGCUGAUGCUUGUAUUGCUGUUUCUCGCGCCUAUCGAAUGAGGGGCAGGGGGAGUUGUGCGCUGUCAUAGAAGAACUGCGGCACCGUAAAGGGCUUUCACCGGGAGGACGACUUCUGCUUUGUGCAGUAUGGCGCGGCGGUGGACGCCUACAUUUGCUACCUGGUUCUGAAUAUGAACUGCAAAAGUAUCGUACUCGUAUGAAUGCAUUACAAAUUUUCUCAGCGUGAGAAAUAAAAUUUGCAAUGCUGAUUUACCUCAAGACAAAGAGUUGUAAUGCAAGCCUUGCAUUUAUACGAGUGCGAUACUUUUGCAGUUCAUACUGAACGACAAGGAGCUCCCCUUCAUGACGGACGACAGGGCGUCCGAUUUGGACGACGACCUGUCCAGUGAGGACGAGGACGAACAACCAGUUAUCACACUGAAAAAUCCCCCCUCCUCUCACUCAAUGUUGGAAUUUGUGUAGCAUGAUUUGUGAUCACAAAUCACGUUGUCAUGCUAGAAGGCAAAAGAUGCGGACUGUAGGGCCGGGUGGCGCGGAAAUAAAGCCUUGCAUCUUGAGCAUGGCACGAACCAACUGCAUUGCCCAGAACAGCAUGACAAAGUGUCUAAAGGUAACCCGCGGGUGUGUCUCUUCAGCUUCCAGCAAUACAGGUAGAUUUGUCUACACAAAUUGCGCAUCAGAAAUCUUCUUUUGAUAUGGGGAGGGGAAAUUUUUCCUUCCAAUACCAGUCGGCGGAGCUACAACUGCGUUUUCUACUUCAGCACAACCCACGACCACGGGAGGUAGACAGCCCGUGCCCGCCCUGAAGUCCGCCACCGCGAAGCCGAAAGCCAAGCCAUUGGCGCGAAAUAGAAAGAAGAAAACUACCGUGGAGAGUAGAACGAGCAACAAAGACGGUGGACCAGGAGCGGUUGACGCGCCGGUGCAGACGUGCUACCAACUGAAGGUGAUUUAUGAAGAGCAGACCGAAAAGAAGGUCACAGCCUGGAAGAAAUCCGCCCGAGUAGAGCUGUCCAAAAGGCUUUUAACCGCGAACAACACGAAAUUGACGGAGGAGGAGCUGGAAUUCGAGCUAGAAAAGUCCACCGCCGAUAUCCUGAGUAAAAAUGUCCCCACACCAGAGUUGUAAUGCCAAUGUGCAUAUUGAAAACAUUUCUCAUGCAAAGCCCCAUGAGAAGCAUUUUCGAGUCGUGUUUUGGAAUUUGUCAUGCUCCAAUCAGCAUGAUAUAGGAGAUCUGUGAUGCUGCUGAAUUACCUAAAACAGCACUGCACUACGACGACAAACUUGUCAUGCGAAACAGCCACAGAUGGUUGAUUUGUGUAGCAGAAUUCGCAUCUUGACUACGGGGUGUUUUAUGUACUGGAAAAGACCAAAAGUAAAGCACGGAGAAGUUUCGGGGUGGGGACAUUUUUGCUCAGGAUAGCCGACAAGCAGGCGCUUGUAGACUCCGCGCUGAAUCAAUACACGGAAAAGGUGAAUCAACUGAAACUUUCCACCGCUUUCCUCGAGAACCAGCACGCGCUGGCGCACGGCGGAGGUGGCGGCGGGAGGAAAAUGCUUUUGAAUAAGGAGGAGGCUUUGGAAAAAGCAUAUCAAAUGUAAAAAUGUUUGGGUCUGGAACAAAACAACUUGUCGUACUAAAUCUGAAUCAUGUAAAAAUCUGCGUUGCGUGAUUACCAAAAGCCGUCCACUUUUGAGCUAAUCGAGAGGCAGUUUCUCAUCCAGGAUCAUAGGCAUGGUAGAACUCUCACAGAAUCUGUCAUGCUAUGUCCUUCAUACCAGACCGCAUGGGUCAUGGGAAACCUGCAUGACAAGUCUGGCAUUCUUCCAGACCCAUCCAUUUUUGCAGUUGAUAAAGCAAAACGGAAAAACGCGAAGGAAGCCGCGACUCUGCUCCGCAAAAGAAGAGCCGCUCUGAUCGACGUAUAAUGAUUUUUGUGCUGCACAUAUGCAAUACAAAUUUCCUGUACAUGUACAACAUGCAUCACAAAUUUCACCAAUUUGAAGGGUAAAACUUGUCAUGCUAAACUAGGAUCGAAGUCAAGUUUUGUCAUGCAGAGGCCGCAUUUGUACGUGUACGGGAAAUUUCCUGUGGAUAGCACAUCUGUUUUUAUGUGCAACAAUUAUUUAGUCGUUCUUGUAUUUACCUAGACAGGUUCUAUCUUGUGCGUCCCUGCUGUGGUUGUCGUGCCCCGCACACCACGGGAGCUGCGGGCACCGCAGGGACGAGACUUAUGAUGAAGUCGAUGUUCUCCAUCUUUGCCAAAGGUCGAAGGAGUAGCCAGGGUCGUGAUAAAGUAUACAAAAAGAAAACAAACCCCACAGGAAAUCCGGGUUCUGGAAAAGCGGCGGCGCGUGCAGGAAGUUUUGACCGAUUGCAAGGACGUGGAGCAAGAGUUGCUGGACCUGAAGCGGCCGAAGCCACCGUAUCUGGAUAUGACCUGCUCAAACGUUACAAUCUCAGACGUUACAAUCGAAUCUGGGAUUUGUCUUGCAUAAUGAGCAUGACAUUCCACUUUCUGCAACACAAAUUUCGGCAGAUUGUAAUGCGGUUUGGGACUCCGGAACUUGGCUAGAUCGUGCACUUCUUGCGUCUCAGAUUUCCAAAAUCUAUUGCAACGGUUGAGAUUGUAACGCUUGAGCAGGUCAUACGGGAAGUCGUCGCGGAGCCCACCCGCUGGAAGACGUUGUUGCGGUUCUGCGCGCACGAAAUCCCGGACGACAUCCUGAUGACCAUUCGCUUCGACAAGUGGGAACUGAAAGCCAGCUGCGUGCUGUCCGCGAAGGCCCGGCCCUGGCUUAUUGUGAGGAAAAAUCCCCCCUCCCCAUAUCGACAACGAAAUUUGUGUUGCUGUAUUUGAGUAUACAAAUCGACUUGCAUUGCUAGAACGCCAAGCCACGCUGUUGCUGCCUCGUUUGUAGGCAGUUUGCCAUGCUGUUUCCCGUUUCCAGUUGCUUCCUGUCGUGCUGAAGACGCUAGGCCUUCCUACGCCAGCCAGCACUACAGUGCGCAUCUCUUCCCUUCUAGCAUGACAAAAGGAUUUGUGGUCACAAAUCACGCUACACAAAUCUCCGGUUUAGUAUGGGGAGGGGGGAUUUUUCCUUUUGAUAUGGCUGCAGGAGCGGCUGUGCGAGGAGAUUCUGGGCGGGAGGCAGAACGUAUGGAUUGCAAAAAUGUCUGGGUCUGGAAAGAUGCAACUUGUCAUGCGCAUUUUAGAACAAUGAAAAAAUCUGUCAUGCACGGGGAGCAAAAGUAGCCAUCUUUCUGGUCUCCGAAAGAAGGGAUUUGUCAUGCGGAUUAGGCAUUGAGAAAACUGCUCAAAACCUGUUUUGCUGGGGCUUGCAUGACAGACCUUCUGUGUGACGCAGACUCUGCAUCACAAACAUUUGCAAUCUUCCAGACCCAGACAUUUUUACACUUGAUAGAACGAGCUGUGCGACUAUUUGAUGCAGCAGAUUCUGGAAAAUCAGGUCCAGCUGAGGUACCCGGACGGCACGUUGAAGCCAAAAUGGACGUCGGUGGACAGUGAAAACAACGACACGAUAAUAGACGACGACGAUGACGAGUACAAUUUGAAACUAAACUCCACCACCAACGGCUACGAGUUUGUGGAACUGCUUCGGAAGACCUGCAUCCCGCACCUGCAACAAGCGACGUUUGUGACCGUCCGGUUGUGGCGCAUGCUGGUCUUCGAGUUUAGGAGGCGGGGGCUGGACCACUGCUUAUCAAAAGGAAAAAUCUACUUCCCUCUCCCCAGUAGAUCUGAAACGAAAUUUAUUGUGAUGCUGGUUUAGUAUCUAUUUGGGUACACAAAAAGUUUACUUCAUGCAGAUCCUAAGCGGCCCACGUAGCGAUCAUUAUCUAUCAUGUAGUCCUCUCGGCGUAGAUGUGUCGCAUGGCAGACGCAACCGGCCCAUCUGGAAGCCUAAACUAUUAAACAGCCUGAGAAAUUAUAAUUAUCGUGUCGUGCACCAUCCGCCGGCGGACACCACUGGCGUUGCUUUCCUGCAAGUAGUCAUGACAGAGCUGAUUUAUUAUUGUGUACACAAAUGAGCAAGUAGAGGACGAACACAGACUUGUUCUCUUUUGAAUACGGGGACGGGGGGAAAUUCUUGCCCACAAUACUGCUUCAUGGACUUUGACACCCAGGAGUUAAACCGGAUUUCCGAACUCUACUUUGAGUCGGUCGACCAGCGGGCGAAUGACUAUUUUGCCAAGUUGCCCCGCGCGCGCGCCGCGGAGAACCAUGGAGCCACAGAGGAGGAACUGGAGGCCGCGCGCACGGAGCGGUGGGGCGAGUGGCUACAGUGGUGCGAGGAAAGGUUCGGAGACCAAAAGGCGAAAGUGGCCCAGGAAGAGUUUGAGCACCGGCUGGAGACCGGGAAUCUCAAUUUGGGGUACCGCCACUGGGAAUAAGUAUAAGUAGUAUAACAAAUGAACGAGCAGUUGUACCUGGUUCUUGAGACGUGGUGCGAAAUAAACUUUUGCCCUCUGGGUAAGUACUUACUUAUACAACAUCUCUGCCGAAGUAGAAGAAAACGACAUUGAAUUUGAGUGUUUGAACAAAGAGCCCAAGUAGAAGAAGUUCUUGUCAUGAAGAAACACAUAUUUGAAUCAACAGUGACGACGAGACCUAGUACAACUACAUUUUGCCCAGGCCGUGGCCCGCGCUCUCAACAAGAAC